AUGGGGACGUGCACACUAUGCGACAAGGGUGUGCAGAGGCGCACACCUGGUGGGAGGAAGUUGUGGGAAUCAAAAGAUGACCGGAAGUGGGGGCAUGAUAAGUUUGAAGAGAUGAAUUUACAGGAAACACACUAUGAAGGGGAGAGGAGGAAAUCUAAAGGUCAUUAUCGAGGUCAUGGGAAGAACCGAGGUGUGGACCAUGGUAAUGCUAGAGGAAGCAGGUCUAGAGGUUACGGAAAUGGUAACAAUCAAAACAAUUCUUCCAAGUCAGUGAGAGGGAGAGGGCCCAGAAGGUAUGAACCUCCUGCAAAUUACAAUAGUGAGCCUCCAACGAAUCAAAAUAAACAAUCUGGGAAGGUUGCCGAGACAACUUCAAAUGCUAGUUCAGGGAGAGUACACAUGAACACUAAAAAUGUGCAAUCAGAUCGAGUUCCUCCCAGGAAAAAUGUUUUUGCAUCUAGUCUGAAUUCUGCUUCUCCUCCAUUUUAUCCAUCCAGCUCGUCCAAUCAAGAUGUCUCUGUGCCACAGAAGAGGAAUGCACAUUCUGGAAAUGCCAAUAGGAAUCUUUCACCUUCUGGAAUGGAUGAUAAUUAUUCUGCACCUCAUUCCAAUUCAUACCGAGGGAAAAGUGUGGCCAAUCCUGUUGGUCUGGACAGGCUUUAUGUUGGUGAGUCUGUUCGUCCAGUUUCUGGGAAGCAAUUAAGCAAUCUGCAGUUGCAUGCUUCUGGAACCUCAUCCAUUAUGACGACUCAGUCUCCUCAGUCCAGGGCCCAGGGAAGGGGUUUAGCUGUUUCAGGACAGCUUAGUUAUCAUCCAACCUUACCUCUUAACCAAGUUAACAGAGUUUCUGCAGAGGCACACCCCUCUUCUGUUCAGCCAAGACCUGUUCAAAUUCCAGCCCAACCUUUGCGAGCUUCUACUCAGCAUUUGGGUCAGCGUCCAGGUACUGGAUCUCAAGCCUCUUCUCCACCUAAAGCUCCAUCAAGAAAUUCUCCUGAACCUGGAGAAUCAGAAUCUCCUCCAAGCUCAAGUAAGUCCAAGACUGCUUUGGUUGGAAAAGGGAAAGGCAACGUUCAAGGCAGCGGAAGGGGUUCUUUUCUGUACAAUGGGGCUCAGGUUAUUGGAGCAACUGGGACAAUGGGUGUUGCUCAUGGUGAUCAAAACUUUCCUGGCAGUCCGGCACUUUUGCCUGUUAUGCAAUUUCGGGGCCAGCAUCCUGGUGGUCUUGGAGUUCCUGCUGUCGGUAUGGCACUUCCUGGAUAUGUUGCCCAGCCACAACUUGGUUUUGGAAAUUCUGAGAUGACAUGGGUACCAGUCUUGGCGGGUGCUGCAGCAGCAGGGGCUUUGGGCGCUUCAUAUUGUUCUCCUUAUGUUGCUGUUGAUGGUGGUUAUUAUGCUCGUCAAUCAGGGCAGACAUCUUCCUUGGGGUCAUCUGGCAAAGAAACAAGUUCAAACAAACCUAAUAAUGGUUGGAAGCCUCCCCAAAAACCUGAGCUUGUAAAUGAUGAAUUUGGGCAACGUCAAAACAAGCCUCGUAGAUAUUCAGAGAUGAACUUUGGCCAGUGAAGUACAUAGAUAAGAUUGAGCGUAUUUGAAUAAGCACCUAAGGCCUUCUGCCAGUCCUUUGUGAUCUCCAUCUUUUGUUUUGGAGCACUUUGGGGAGUAACUUGUCCGAAGAUAUGCUAGUUAUUAACAAACGCCUGCUCAUACUGCGGUUGAUUUCAGAAGAGCAUUGCAGCUUGGCAGGUGGCAGUUCCUUGUUCAAAGUGCGGUAUGAUAUGUAACAGAAACCUCAAAAGUUUCUUCGUGAGCAUAUUGUGUAGGGUUAUCAUAUUCCUCAAUGGUUCCGCUGAUUUUCUCCAGUUUCCUUGGCUUGCUGGUUUUUGUCUUCGUUUUUUUUUUUCUUUGAAGCUUGUGAGAAACGGUAGCGGGCUUCUUCAAAAAUGAUAAUAGAAGGGAAAAACCGAAAGAAGAUAAUAAAAAGGAGAGGAAAAAAUAGAAGAAAAGAACUGCAGUUAUUGCUUAGUGAAGCUAUUAUUAGAUUGCUACAUCUAUGUCUUGUUGAUAUGUGUUGAUCUAUCCAUAUUAUGGUUGGCUAUUUGGUUAUAUUUUGUUAUUUUUCUAUGUUCCGUGAUUUCUUGUUGGGGACUUGGAAACCAGCUGAUGGAUUUCUGAAUGGAAGACGUAAGGACUUUCGCACUUUUACCUGAAUGAUCAAAUUCAUGGUUGCAGUUAA